AUCGGAGGGACCCCGCCCGGGUGCAGGGGCGAUGCCGAUCCCCGGCCAAGGGAGGGAGCCGGGUAGUGGAGCCGAGCGGCGCCUCAUGGAUCCGGCGCCUCAGUGAGGCGGACACCGCGCUCGGGGUCAGCACGGGGUCAGGCCGCCCGGGAGGGCCGGGGCGCACGCGCGCUGGAUACCCCGGAGCCGCUGCAACUUCACCCAGUGCAACUUCAAGCAGCAGGCACACACUCAUCUGUCUAAAAUACCCUCUGGAGAUUCAUCCCAUCCCUUUUUUUGACUUAUUGCAUUGCAAAUCUUAACACUUUCCCAUUGAGUUUUUUUGCACCUUUUAUAUUUUUGCGUUUUACAAAUUGUUACCUUUCAGUUUUUAAAAAAUAAUACAAUCGCAAGUUCAAAAAUUUCAAGUUGCAAUUUGGAAAUGUUGCAUUUACUUAAGUUUGUAAUAAAUUGGUUUUUCCCUUCGAUUUUUGUUUGUUUUUUUUUGCAAUUUGUACUUUUUUGCUUUACGUUUUCUUGCUUUUUUUAUAAGGGGAGGUGUUGAAUUUUUAAUCCACCAUAUAUUUUUUUGGAGGGAGGUUUGGGGAGAUGUCUAAGUCGGCAGCUAAGGAGAAAAAGUCCUUUAGUAAGAAACUUUUCCGGCGUGGCUCGGCGCGCUCGGUCGGGAGUUUUAUGAGCCGAGUGCUGAAAACUCUGUCCACACUUUCGCACUUCGGCACCGAGGAGGCGGCUGAGGACGAAAAGGACGACGGCGGCUUCAAGAGCUUCCGAGCAGCCGAGGCAGGAGCAGCCAUGGGGAUGGGCAUCGGACUGGGGGCCGGGGUCGGGGUGGUCUCCUCGGCCUCCUCCAUUAUCAUGAUGAUGAGCGGCAUCAACCCCGCCGCUGCCGCUGCCACCGCCGGCCACAGCGACUCGUCUGACAGCUGCUUCUCUGGGGAUCGCUGGCAGCCGCCCGGGGUGGCCGGUCUCAAGAACCACGGCAACACUUGUUUCAUGAACGCCGUGCUUCAGUGCCUGAGCAACACCGAGCUCUUCGCCGAGUUCCUGGCCCUGGAGCAGUACCGGGAGCAGUCGGCCGGCGGACUGGAUCUCCCCGAAGGAGGAGAGACCCGGGGCCAGGAGGGAGAGGGGGAAGAAGAGAAGACUUCCAAAUCCAACGGGGUUUUAUUCCGAUCCAAAAGCCAGGCGGACGCGAGAGGAGAGGUCACUGAGCAGCUCGCUUCUUUGGUCCGAGCCCUCUGGACUUCAGAGUACACCCCGCAGCUCAGCCGGGAGUUUAAGAAUGUUGUAUCCAAGAAUGCUUUCCAAUAUCGUGGCAACUCUCAGCAUGAUGCCCAGGAGUUUCUGCUAUGGCUUCUCGAUAGGGUCCAUGAGGACCUGAACAAUAUUGUUUUAACAAACGGGAGGCCUGCAGCCAAGCCUCCAAAAGAUGAAGACAGGCUGUGUGAAGGACCUUCUCUUCCAAUGAGAAGCAGCUUUGUGCAAGAGCUCUUUCAAGCACAGUACAGGUCUUCGUUGACAUGUCCUCAUUGCCAAAAACAGAGCAACACCUUUGACCCAUUCCUCUGUAUCUCCUUACCCAUUCCUCCGCUUCAAACCCGGCCAUUGAAUAUCACCGUGGUGUAUGAAGGAAAAUGUUCGCAUUGCAUGCGCAUUGGGGUAGCUGUUCCACUGUUGGGUACAGUGGCCAAACUCCGGGAGUCAAUAUCGCAAGAAACCAAAAUCCCCAUUGAUCAGAUUGUUCUGACUGAAAUUUAUUAUGAUGGAUUCCAUCGCACCUUCAGUGAUGGUGAUGCCCUGGAUACUAUUCUUGAAAACGACUGUAUCUAUGCUUUCGAGAUACCCGAUGUAUACAUUGGUCAAAGAGCCAUGCUUACAAACAUAAAUCAAAAUAACCUGAAGUUCAGCACUGAUCACAGGCCCACAGUCAACCCCUAUGGAGGAGUGAAACAGAUCAAGGUGGAGAGAGUGUACAACAGGGGUUUGGGGUAUGAGAAAUGGAUGUUACUGGUGUGUAACCAAUGCUGCUCUGGGCAGCAGGCUAAAAGGUUUGGUCAUCCCUUUGUGCUCUGUUUGGAUCAUAAAAUAACAUGGGAAGGGCUGCAAAAAGAUAUUUUGGAAAAGAUGCGACAUCUCUUUAGGCCAGGGAUGUUCGCUGAGGUUGGUCCCUUUAGUCUGCGAGUGCUUGGAGGUGGCAUGGGGAAGUCAUACCUUUCACCCCAAGAAGAGUAUCCCUUAUGCCAAUUGGCAGCAGAAAGAGCAUGGAAAUCCUGCAGACCUGGUGGACCCCAGCACAUUAAGAUCAUUGUGGAGUGGGACAGAGAUACAAAAGAAUACUUAUUUGGGAGUGCUGAGGAUGAGUAUGUGCCAGAUUCAGAAAGUGUUCGCCAACAGCAGCAGCUUCAUCACCAACCUCAGACCUACAGCUUAUCCCAGUGCUUUCACCUCUACACCAAAGAAGAACAGCUAGCACCAGAUGAUGCCUGGCGCUGUCCACAUUGUAAGCAGCUUCAGCAGGGCAGCAUCAAGCUGAGCUUGUGGACACUUCCUGAUGUUCUCAUCAUCCACCUGAAACGCUUUAAACAGGAAGGGGAUAAAAGGACCAAGCUACAGAACCUGGUGAAAUUCCCCCUCACAGGCCUGGACAUGACUCCUCACGUGGUGAAACGCAGCCAGAGCAGCUGGAGCCUUCCCUCUCACUGGUCUCCAUGGAGACGUCCCUAUGGGCUUGGCAGGGAUCCUGAAGACUACCUCUACGAUCUGUACGCGGUGUGCAAUCAUCAUGGCACCAUGCAAGGAGGGCAUUACACGGCUUACUGCAAGAACUCUGUGGAUGGGCUUUGGUACUGUUUCGAUGACAGUGACGUUCAACAGCUCAUGGAAGAUGAUGUCUGCAAGCAGACUGCGUACAUCCUGUUCUACCAGCGACGAAGCACUAUCCCUUCAUGGUCAGCAAACAGCUCUCUAGCAGGAUCCACCAGCUCAUCUCUGUGCGAACACUGGGUAAAUCGCCUUACGGGCAGCAAGCAGCCCAGCAUCACUUCCACUGCAUCAUCACGCCGGACAUCUCUCGUCUCACUUUCUGAAUCUGUGGAAUUUACACAGGACCGCAGUGAUCAAGAUGAUGGUGGAUUUUCUACUCGGCCUUUUGUGAGGAGUGUCCAACGCCAGAGUUUGUCGUCCAGAUCCUCGUUUGCCAGUCCCUUGGUGCUCAAUGAGAACGGAAUUAAAUCUCAGAGGUCGCUAUCCAGCAAGCUGCACAUGCGGUCCAGUUCUCCAUCACCAUUCUCCUUCGAGUCUCCGGCUCACAGCCCAUCUCCGACAGCAGACGUACUGGGGCGCAGGAGCCCCAGCCGAGGCACUCCCCCAUUGCAAGGCCAGGGGGCAGCUCAUGCCGGACAGCCUGGCAGGGCUCCCCUAGCAGUCAUGGAAGGCAUGGUCCGGGAGGAGGAAUUGAGAGUCACAGGAAAAGCAGCUGGACAGAGCAGACCCAUUUUGCCCCUUGAUAAAAAGCUGGACCAGUGUGGGAAUGAUGCAGGAGGGUUAGACACACUGACUCCUUUGCUGGAUGCUCUAGACAAUAGGAAAGGUACGCCUGGCCUGGGCAGCCCUCGGUCUCCAAGUAUUAGUGGCGCUUCUUCAGCAGAAGAGCAAAGACAAAAGAAAGGCUUUGUGACGGGAGCAGUGAAUGCAGAGAGCCUGCAGAAGAAAACCACUGCUUCCAGAGUGCUUCAUGAGCAGGCCAAAGGCUCUUCAUCCAGAGCUCAGUUAACUCUGUCUUCAUCACACAAGAACCCUCAGAAGGUUUCAGUCAUGCGCGAAAAGACUGAACCAAAAGUGGGAGCCCGACAUUCGUCAUCGAACUCAGUCCUCCGAAAGGACAUGGCCAAAGGUCAGGAGUCAGCCUUGUCAGCGUAUCAGCAGAAACCGAAGUUGGUCUCGUCUUCCCCCCAGUCUCCUUCUCCAGCACGGAAAAAGGUGCCUGGAAGGUCCAAGACUUCUGAAGGUCGGUCCAAACGCAGCCCCUCUCCUGAAAAACGCAGGCUGACAUCAUCUUCUAAAGCUAGCAGUAUGAGCAGGCUGUCGCAUGCCAAGCCGGGGAGCCGAUUGGAAAACAGGAGACUGAGGAAUUCGAGCAGCAGCUCCUCCAUGACGGAAGCAAAGUCGUCGGACACCAGCUCGAGGACUGACUUGAGAAGAGACAGCAGCAAGUCAGAUGACAAAGGACUGUCAUUCUUUAGGGCGGCGCUGAGGCAGAAGGAGAGCCGGAGGUCAGCUGACUUGGGGAAGAGCAAUAUUCUUGUCAAGAAAUCGGCAGAUGGACCUUCCAAAACGGCGAGUAAAAAAGUGCCAAGUGAGGGACCAGCCAAGGAAGGAAGGCGAUUGACAAGCGAACAGCCGCCAUCUGCUGCUGCUUCAGUCUUGACCCUCACCAGCAAAACAGCUACACGAGGGAAGCUGACAAGCAAAGACAUCACUCCCACCAAACGCCCAUUGCUUCCAGCUGCCAAAUCCAAGUCAGCGCUGCCAGAGGUGGGCGCUCAGUCUCCUACAAGCAGGAAGAAACCUGCGGAAAAAACAUUUAAAUCCAGAAAGAUUGUCACUAGCGGCAUGCAGUCUUCUGUGCGCCAUAACAAAAAGUAAACGUGAGAAAAAAAAAUCAAAAGCAAAAGGCUCCCCAAAAUGCUAGUCUGGUUUUGUUUCUAUGACAUUUACUUUCUCUUUCUUUCUGACACUCUUUCUCCAUUUAUUACACCGGCUUUCUGUUGGAGGAAGGUUUAAUUUUUUUGUGGUUAAUGUACCUACAUUGGUUAGGGAGGAUAUUGAUUUCAAGCGCCUUUUGUUGUGCCAUCAAACCAAAUAAUGGAAAUGUGGUGUGUGAGGAUCAUGGAACUAGUUCAUCAUUACUUUUUUUUUCCCCCAGAGGCUGGCCUUCCCUGGUGGGUUUUAACACAGCACUUUGUAUCAACCGAAAGAACUUUUUGUUGCUGAAUAACACUAUGUACUGUUCAAUGAAUGGUUUGAUUUUUAAAAAGUUUUUUUUUAUAAAUGUUCUUUUUAAGACUAACAUGACUACUGCAUGCUCUGAGGAAGUCAUCGAAUUAAGUAAUCAGUUUUAUUUUCUCCAAUAAGGGUUUGUUUGCUUGAUACCAUGUUAAGUACUGUUUAACAGCAAGUUUCAGGUGAACACAAGGAAUGGACGGAAGCAUUGACUUUUUUGGUUGCAAUGUGCCCGCUUUCUGAAAUAACCAGCCCCCAUGUUGUAAAAGAAAGAAGGGCGAGAGUGAUGGAGUGUAGCGAGAUGUAAUGCUUCUGCCAUUUUUUUUGUUAGCUUGGCAAGUGAGUGCUACAUCAGAACAUUGCAUGUGAUCUGUUGGUUAUCAGCAGCUUCGCUAACCUGCAGAUUAAUAAAUGGGGAUUUCAAUUUCAUUUGUGGCUCCAGACUCCAUGGGUCAAAGUUUUAAUCCUCACGUUGCCCAAUGGCUUGAGAGCCCCUCACAUUAAGUGGUUUUGUCGCAAUAACCUGCCCCAAACACAUCUCAUGUCUUGCCACCGUUUCACAGCCUGAAAUGACCUGUUGGCAUCUGGUUGCAGAGGCUUUGCCCUGGUUAACCUUUUAGAGAAACAAUCAGAUCAAAUGUUGUUCAGUCAGAAAUAAGUGAAUAUUGAGCCCUGUGGGUAAUAUUUGAGUCCAAAAUUUGAGGUUUGCUGACCUAGGCAAUGAUGUCAGCACCUCGAGGGAAGGUAUUUCUGGGGUCACAACAGUUGAGUUAUGGGGAAUAAUCAAUUGGGAGUUUUCAUUUGGUUAAUAAGCCAAGUCUACCAGCAUACAGCUGACCUAGGUUAGUAAUUGAUGACAUUAAUUCAGAUUCUUGAUGAGUACGGUGGAAAAAUGCUGCCUUUUUCUUCUAUCAUAUUAUAUGUUUGUUUCUAUUUCAAGGCCUUGCACGCAAAAUUUUAACGGUUCCAUUUCUGAUUUCAUAGAAUCUUACAGUACUGAAGGAGGCCAUUCGGCACAUUGUGCCUAUACCAGUUCUUUGAAAGAACUCUCCAAUUUUCCCACUUUCUUUCCCUUUCCCAUAAUCCUGCAAUUCUUUUUUCCUUUUUCAAAUAUUUAUCCAUUUAUCUUUGGAAACUACUGUUGAACUGGCUUCCACUGCCCACUUGGCAAUGCAUUUCAGAUUUGUCCUAUUAACUCUUUCUUGCCCACUCACAUUUCAGGGUCAUGAAUAUUGGCAGAUUAAUUCUCCAGUGUAAUAAUGUAAAUUUAAGGUGUCGAUGCUCCAAGCUAUGUAUGAAAUUUGCCAGUUACCUAUGUUGUAGAGUCUAUUGUGAACUCUACCCACCAACUGAAUCUCUUUCCAAGCCCCAUGUAUAAUUUCUGUUAUCGUUUGAAAAGAGUGCAGCUCUAAGACUUUGUGAUUCCUGUUCUAUUCCCCAACCUGGCCAAAAGCAAAGACCACAAUUCAAAUUGGUCAUAGACGAGGACUCUUAUGCUACAUCAUCUAAACCAAAUUAAUACUCCAGUUCACUUAUAAUUAAUAUGUGGCUUCCUAUUUUGGAGGCUGUAAUAGAAAUAAUGUUUACAUUCAAACAAUCGUGAAACUGGGUUAGAGCUGCCCAGUUUUAUGCAUUUCAUUGCUCUUGUCAUCACAAGGGUGUGUUGGUGAUAUGCAAUUAUGGGUGAGAUUUGCCUUUAUGACAUUUGAGUCUUUUGGUAGCUUUUUCUGAAACAGGAUGGGAAUGGCAUGUGAUAAUCCUACCCAGAGCUGCUGAAUGGGGAAUGAAUCAACAAGUAAUUAUGGUAGCUUCUUGAGCCCUGAUUGGAGGCUGCACUCUCACAGUACAGAAAAGCCAGGAGGUGGCUUUGAUCUCAUUUUGCAAAACACGGGUCAGCAUCUACCUUGUGUAUGUCCCACCAACCCAGAAUUGAAAUUGCAUGAAGGUCUGAAAUUCAUAAGAGAAGGGCUACAAUUAUUCAAAUUGUGGGACUGGAGAGAUGGAAAGAAGUUGCAUUUUUAACAGCACCUUUCAUAUUCUCAGGAUAUCCUUAAGUGCUUCACAGCCAGUGAGGUACAUUUGAAGUGUAAUCACUGUUACGUUGGUAAACAGAGCAGUCAAUUUUGCCUUCCAGGCCUCAAAACCACAGGCACCAUUCCAAUGAGUGCAGGUGUGUCUAUUCCUUGCCUCUCCCUCUUUUGUGUGUGCUGAAUUAGCUCUCAGCUCUGAUAGUGAUAAAGGCUGCACUUGUUUUCAUGACAUGGGGUUGGGGGGAGAUUAGAGACACCAUCAGGGGAGCUCUGCCAAGGCCGGUGGUUGGGGAGGUAGAUUUUCUGCCCAGGCCAGUAGAGGGGAUGUAAUAAUUCAGAUGUGACACCGUGCUCAUUCACAGAACCCCAUUGCACUGUUGCUUUUGUGUGAAACAGAGGCUUCCUUCAUAAGCUGCUCUUCCACCUGUUCGUGCUCCUGUCUGCAUGCACUUAAUUCAUGUAUUACUAUGCAAGUGUCAGGACAUUGAAUGCACUGAGGUACUUUGUAGUAAGUUUAUCCCUUUGAAUUUUGCAUUCGAUACAAAGUCCUACCUAACACUACAGACUGGGUUUGUCUGACUCCAUUGCUUUGUUUGCACAACUUGAUUCUCUUUUCUGGGUGUGAGAGAUCAAUAUAAGUGGUUAUAGAUUAGUAGUUUAUAAUGAAAAGAACUAUAAGCUGUAAACAUGUAGACUCAAAACUGAAGUUCACUCCCUCUUUGUUCAUUAUGUUCAAACAAAACAGCAGCUCAGUAAAAGUUCAAAUUAGUCUUUACUGACACUUCUGCCGGUUACUGCAUUAUAAACUUCUUACCUUUCAUAUUUUCAUCGUCCUCAUGAUUUCACAAAUGGAAUGUAAUCUUUUUAAAACUCCUGCCUUCUGAGCGUUUCCAAUAAGAAUUAAGAUGGGGGUUUGUGGAAAGUGACAAUUCAAUGAUAUUUUUGUAAUAAUUAGUCGGCACUACUUGAACAAGGGGGAGCACAACCUGCUUCGCAGAGGGGAGCAAGACACCUCGAUCUCGGGGCCCAGUCCGACACGAGAGGUGGUCAGGAAGGCUGAUCCCAGGGCCCAGAGUCCCACCAUGGGGGAAGAGGUGUGUUUAUUAACACUGAUGCUGCCAGGCAGUGAGAGCGGGCUGCUGUGGGUCUAUUAAUAGACCCUAAAUAUAACUGCAAGUGCUUGUGUUGUACGAUAUCUUGCAGAGAUGUGAGUAAUUUAAGGUUAAUUCCCUCACAGGAGGAAGACUAACCCAACGACGUCCAAAUUCCCAGUUGUGGGCCUGUUGCAUAUAGUGCAACAUAUUAAGCGUUUAAUUUUUGUGUGGUACUAAUUCCCUGAUAUCUCCCAGCAGUGGGAUUAUACAGAUGUUGAGAUAACAGUGGAAGGUACACUAAAUUCUCCCUAAUCAUACCCAACAAAAAAUUAGUUGAAGUUUCUUUUACAGAGAGGGAUUAGAAAGCCUAUUGGAUUGUGUAAAUAGAGCUGUUAAAUCAUGUACCUGAGUUAUAGAGAGAGGAGAUCUAUUACUCUGUAUAAACCAAAGUUAGUGACUUUAAUAUGAGAUUUAUAAAACCAUCCUGAAUAUGCACCAUCGGUUAAUUGGGGAAAGAAGCCCUUUGAUGGGAAUAGUUGCCUGUGACUAGUCUGCCUGCCCCACGGUGCCAUAUGAAACGUAAUUCCAGGCUUGUACAUAGCAGUGCUACAAACACUUGAUCCUAGCUGCGCGGUUAGCCGCUGCCAGACUUUGAUGUGGAUGUAGCCAGAUCAAUAAGAAGUGGGUGGUUUUAAUCUUUAUACCAGGAGUCGACCUGGACAGCUUUAUGGUUUGUAGGCUGCAGCUUUCGUAUUUUCUUUUUCAUGUGUUUGGCUGUUAAUAUUGGGCCCACGCUGCCUGUUGCAUCGGGAUGUGCGGGUUGCUGCAAAUCUGAAACAAUUAUAGGGAAGAUCGGAAUCAUUCGCUCGGUCGGUCAGCAUCUUUGGUAGGGGCAGCCAGUUGCCGCAGCUGCGGUUUUUAACGAUGGCUCCUCGGAUCUCCCCAUAGGGCGCUGACUGGCCAACAAAUGUUUGCACCAUCAUAUACCCGGGCACUAAACGCUGGUCCCGGGGUAGGGGAAGGGAGGGAAAGGAAAUGGACUGGACUGCUCACCCUCAGCUGUGCCCAUGACUCUGUGAGGCUCCAUGUGCACCACAAUUUAAAAAAAAAUUUGUAAAAGUAGAGAGAUGUGAACAAUAUUGGCCCAGUUCCCGGACCCAUGUGUAGUGUAGCUUUCUCCUUGUAAAUUAGAUCACCUAUUUGGUGUUACUGAAACCAUUUUUAAGUUAUUUUGGGCAGGUGCAUGAGAAUGUGUUGCUGCCUUUCGAUAAUUUAUUUAUAUGUUUUAUUAACAGGAGGUGUAUGCACUUUUUAAUAUUCAGAGUCCGUAUUGUUUUCUAUGUUUUAAAAUAAUGUUUCUUUGAGAACAGUUUGUAUAAAGUCCAUGUAAGUCAGAAUAAUCAUCAAUGAGAAUCAAGAGUUAAAAAAUAAAAGAACAAUUCCAA